AUGGCGGCAGCAAGUACACAGAAUACGUCUAUUGAAGUCUUAUUCAUUGGAGAAUGUGGAUCUGGAAAAAGCACCACUAUUAAUAGUCUUCUGGGAAAGGAAGUGACCAAAGGAGCAGACAAUUCCAAAACAGGGAUACAAGAUUCUAAAGAAGAAGACGGAACUGAAACACUAAUAUACCAUAGAAGAGGCAUACCUAAACAAACAAAAAUAUUAAAUGCUGAGGUAAAAUUUGCUAUACCUGAACAAGGAACUGAAGAAAAAUCAAGCUAUCAAAUAGAUACAUCAGCAAAUAUUAAGACAUUUAAUGCUGAGGAACAAGAUACUAAAGUCAAAGAAGGAUUUGAAGAGACAUCACAUCAUCAAUCAGACAUACCAGCAACUAUUGAAAUAUUGAACUCUGAGGAUAAAGGUUCCAAAGCCAAAAACGAUUCAGAAGUAAAAACGAUCCAUCAAGUAAAUACACCAGCAAAUAUUGAGACAUUGAACGCUGAGGAACAAGAUUCUAAGGACCAAAAAGAAGCGAAAGACAAAUCCAACCUUCAAAUAGGUUCACCAACAAGCACUAAGACAUUUAACCCUGGGGAACAAGAUUCUAAUGCAAAAAAGGGAACAGAUAAGAAAUCCGACCAACAAGUAGAUAUACCAACAAAUAUUGAGAAAUUUAACGCCGAGGAACAAAAUUCUAUAGCCAAAAAAGGAAUGCAAGAGAUAUGCAGCCAACCAGUUUAUGAAUCAACCAACAUUGAGACACUGAACCCCGAUGAACAAGAUUCUAAAGUCAUAACAGGAGCUGAAGUGAUAUCCAACCAUCGAGUAAAUACACCAGCAAAUACUGAGACAUUGAAUCUUGGGAAAGAAGAUUCUGAAGCCAAAGACGGAAAGGAGAAGAAAUUCAACAACCAAGUAGAUAUACUAACAAAUGUUAAGACAUUAAACGCUAAGAAAGAAGAUUCCAACCCCAAAGAAGGAACUGAAGAGAAAUCCAACCAUCAAAUAGGUAAAUCAACAAACAUUGAGUCUUCUAACCCUGGGAAACAAGAUUCAAAAGCAAAGGAAGAAACUUUAGCGGAAUCGAACCACCAAGCAGAUAUACCAGUAAAAAUUGAGACAUUGAACUCUGAAGAACAUAACACUGAAGCCAAAAUAAUAACUGAUGGAAAUGAAGAGAAUUCCAACAAUCAAAUAGGUACAUCAACAGACAUUGAGACAUUAAACUCUGCGGAACAAAAACAUACAGACAAAGAUGGAACUGAUGAGAAAUCCAACUAUUAUAUCGAGGAAUCAACAAACAUUGAGACAUUGAACGCUGAAGAAAACGGUUCUAAAGCAAAAGAAGAAAAUAAAGAGAUAUCCAACCAUCAUGCAGAUAUAUCAGCAAACAUUGAGACAUUGAACUCUAAGAAAGAAGAUCCUAGAACCAUUGAAGGAACUGAAGAGAAAUCCAACUAUCAAAUAGGAAAAUCAACAGACAUUGAGUCAUCUAAUCCUGAGGAACAAAAUACUAAAGCCAAAGAAGGAAUUGAAGAGAAAUCCAACCAUCAAAUCGAUGAAUCAACAAACAUUAACACAUUGAACUCUGAGGAACAAGAUUCUAAAGGCAAAGAGGGAACAGAAAAGAACUCCAACCAUCAAAUAGGUACAUCAACAAACACUGAAGCAUUAAACCAUGACAAAAAGGAUUCUUAUGCCAAAAAAGAUACGGAAGUGAUAUGUAUCCACCCAGUCUAUGAAUCUAAUAACACUGAGACAAUGAAUUCUGAGGAACAAGAUUCUAAAGUCAAAGAAGGAAAUGAAGAGAAAUUCAACCAUCAAGUAGAUAUACCAACAAGUAUUGAGACAUUGAAAUCUAAGGAACGAGACUCCAACACCAAAGUAGGAACAGAAGAGAACUCCAAACAUCAUAAACGUACAUUAACAAACACUGAGACAUUUAACCCCGACGAACAGGAAUCUAAUUCCAAAAAAAUAACAGAAGAAAUAUGCAUCCAUCAAGUCGAUGAAUCAACCAACAUUGAGACAAUGAACUCCGAGGAACAGGAUCCUAAAGUCAAUGCAGGAACUGAAGAGAAAUUCAAUCGUCAAGUAGAUAUACCAAGAAGUAUUGAGACAUUGAACUCUAAGGAACGAGACUCCAACACCAAAGAAGGAAAUGAGAAAUCCAACCAUAAAAUAGGAAAAUCAACAGACAUUGAGUCAUCUAACCUUGAGGAACAAAAUACUAAAGCCAAAGAAGGAACAGAAGAGAAAUCCAACCAUCAAAUCGAUGAAUCAAAAAACAUUAACACAUUGAAUUCUGAGGAACAAGAUUCUAAAGGCAAAGAUGGAACAGAAGAGAAAUUCAACCAUCAAAUAAGUACAUCAACAAACACUGAGACAUUUCACCCUGUCGAACAGGAUUAUAAUGGCAAAGAAGGAACUGAAGAGAAAUUCAACGAUCAAGUAGAUAUAUCAACAAGUAUUGAGACAUUUAACUCUAAGGAACGAGACUCCAACACCAAAGAAGAAACAGAAGAGAACUCCAACCAUCAAAAAGUUACAUCAACAAAUACUGAGUCAUUUAAUCCUGACGAACAAAAUACUAAAGGCAAAGAAGGAACUGAAGAGAAAUCCAACCAUCAAAUCGAAGAAUCAACAAAUAUUGAGUCAUCUAACCCUGGGAAACAAGAUUCAAAAGCAAAAGAAGAAACUAUAAAGGAAUCCAAUGAUCAUGCAGAUAUACCACUAAAUAUUGAGACAUUGAACUUUGAAGAACAAAACACUAAAGCCAAAAGAAAAACUAAUGGAAAUGACGAGAACUCCAACCAUCAAAAAGGUACAUCAACAAACACUGAGACAUUUAACCCUGACGAAAAAAAUUAUAAUGGCAAAGAAGGAACCGAAGAGAAAUUCAACGAUCAAGUAGAUAUGUCAACAAGUAUUGAGACAUUGAACUCUAAGGAACGAGACUCCAACAACAAAGAAGAAACAGAAGACAACUCCAACCAUCAAAAAGGUACAUCAACAAACACUGAGACAUUUCACCCUGACGAACAGGAUUAUAACGGCAAAGAAGGAACCGAAGAGAAAUUCAACGAUCAAGUAGAUAUAUCAACAAGUAUUGAGACAUUGAACUCUAAGGAAAGAGACUCCAACACGAAGGAAGGAAAUGAAAAGAAACCCAACGAUAAAUUAGGUAAAUCGGCAAAAAUUGAGUCAUUUUACGCUGGUGAACAAGAUUCUAAAGCAAAGGAAGAAACUGAAGAGGAAUCUAACCAUCAAGGUACUGAAUCAACAAACAUUGAGACAUUGAACCCCAAGGAGCAAUAUCCUAAAGCCAAAGAAGAAACUGAAGAUGAAUCAGAAAAUAUGAAGACAUUUUCAGCUGUAAAACAAGUUUCUAAAGGCAAUGAAAGAAGUGGAAGGACAAUUAACGAUAAAAAGAAUUUAUCUAAUAAGGUGUCAGAAAGAGUUAUUAUACCCAAUAGAUCAGAAGACAUCAAUCAAACUGCUACAAAUGAGGGUAAAGCAAUGGAUCCUGUUAGAGACAAUGUGAAAAAAAAUUCCACUCACGAAGAAAAAAAAAAUGAUUGUCUAAUUUUAGAAAUGAACAGAGAAGAGUAUGCCAUGAGUGAGAACUUGAUCACUCUUUACGAUACACCGGUUUUAAAAGAAGCUGUUGAUACUAUUGUUUAUGAAAGAAAAUAUUUUCAUGCGGUUGCACUUGUGUUCCCAAUGACAAGAUAUACAGAGGAGAGAAAAACAUUUUUAAAAAAUGUCCUGGAACUUUUUGGAGAUGAACUAUUUGAACACUUAAUUAUAAUUUUCACUAAACCUGAAAACUUAGUAGUAAAAGACGAGAUAGAAGGACUAUCAAAACAGGAUAAAUUGUUUGAAAAAUUUCUAACAAAGACAGGAGAAAGAUAUAUUGUGUGUUCUAAAGAUCAUAGUGAAAGGAAUGAAUUUUGCAAUUCUUUUUAUGAGAAGCUGAAAGAAAUAUUAUGCAAACAUGGACAAAAACGCAUAACCAUGAAAAGGAAGAAAACUGUUCUUUCUGCUUUUAAACGUUUGAUAAGAAUCACAUAA